AUUAAUAUUUCAAUCUAAGCUUCAAAAAAAAUUUGUAUACCUUACUAAUUGUGAAGGGCAUUGGACCGUAAAUGAGACCGAUCAGACUUCCGGAGCCUCCAAAUAAUUCAUCCCGCGUGCCGGAGAUCUUCGAUGGCGGCGUCUACGGCGCCAUCAGGAGGGCCGUCGUGAUCGGAAAUGGCUUCCCCGGCGCGGAGAGCCAGUGCCUGGGUUUGGUUCGAGCUCUCGGCCUUUCAGGUCGGCACUCUCUUUACCGGGUUAUGAGGCCAAGGGGAGGGAUCAAUAGGUGGCUUCAUUGGCUCCCAGUUUCUGUCCACAAGAAAUUGGACAUUUUUAUCAGGCAAAUUUUUGGAAUGCCUUUGCUGACCAAGAAAAGUGGCUUAUCACACGUUUUAGAAGCUGAUGCAAAGCAAAUUGCAAAAGUGGCACGUGAAACAUUUGAUAAGGAUGGCCCAUUGCUUGUAAUCGCAUCUGGCAGAGAUACCAUUUCAGUUGCUAGCUCGAUUAAAAGGUUUGCUCCAGAAAAUGUUUUUGUUGUCCAGAUUCAACAUCCGAGGUCCCGGUUAGAUAGAUUUGAUUUGGUAAUUGCUCCUCGUCACGAUUAUUACUCGUUGACUCCUCAAGCACAACAACAGAUUCCUUGGUUGCUUCGCCGGUGGAUUACGCCUUGUGAACCUCCUGGAAAAAAUGUGGUUCUUACGGUUGGAGCUCUUCAUCAGGCUGAUUUUGCUGCACUUAGGUGUGCAGCUUCUACAUGGCAUGAUGAAUUGGCUUAUCUUCCAAAACCACUGCUCGUUGUUAAUAUUGGAGGCCCAUCAAGCAAUUGUCGCUAUGGUGUCGAUCUUGCAAAGCAGUUAGCUACUAUGCUGCAAAACGUUCUUUGGAGCUGUGGAAGUGUUAGGAUCUCAUUUUCACGUCGAACUCCAGAGAAGAUAUCCAAACUCUUGGUGGAAGAAUUCAGCACCCAUCCUAAAGUCUUCAUUUGGGAUGGUGAAGGACCAAAUCCGCAUCUCGGGCAUCUAGCGUGGGCUGACGCUUUUGUAAUAACAGCAGACUCAGUUAGUAUGUUGAGUGAGGCUUGCAGUACUGGGAAACCCGUCUACGUGAUUGGAGCUGACCGAUGCACGUGGAAGUUUGCCGACUUCCAGAAGUCCCUCGCCGAACAAGGAGUGGUCAGGCCGUUCACCGGUAAAGAAGUUAUAUCGGAAAGUUGGAGCUACUCUCCCCUCAACGACACUGCAGACGCUGCAAAUCGGGUAAAUUCGGCACUCGCUGCACACGGGUGGAGAAUUAAUACAAUGACUAAAGCAACUUAGGACCUAGCCUAACAGUAGUUUUCCAUAUACCUGCCUGGAAUUUUUCCCAUCUCUAGGCCGUUUUUUAUACAUUCGUUCAUUUGAUAGGUGACCCAUUCUUUCGGGUUCUCGUGUCGAGUAAGAGUAACAUUUCUCGCUUCUGUUCGACUUUUCUCCAGAGCAUCUGAACAAACACAGCUACAAAUUUGUUUACAGGAUAAUCUAGCAUUGUAAUGUCCUUGACCUGUGGUUACUGAAACUUUAUAUUGAAUGGGUUAUUGUUCUUA